GGCAGCGCCCGCAGCUGGCACUGCAGGCGGUGGCCGGGGGAAGCGGCUGCUCCGGGGAAUCUGAUUUCCAGCCCUGUUUAUUAAUAACCCCUCUCCGCCCCAUGCUCAGCCCAUGUGCAGCGCAGAGCCCGCGGCGCUGGGCUCCAGGGGAGGAAGGGACCUGAUGGCGCAGCCCGAGCCCCCUCCAGAGCCGCAGCUGGAUGAAGCCGGAGCGUCCCCAGCCCCACAGGGAGCAGCUGAAGGAGCUGCUCCACACCCAGAAUGUCCCCACACCCCGCCGGAGCCAGCGGGGAACGGAUCCAAAGCCCUGCACAGGGGCAGCCCAGACCCCAGCAGGGAUCCCUCCUUGGAGCAAAGGGCACCAGGGACGCAGCUGGAUGAGGACGCAGGCGGGGCUGGGAUCCCGCUGGAUGGGGACGUGGCCGGAAUCCCGCUGGACGUGGAUGCAGAUGGGACAGGAAUCCCACUGGCCAUGGACGCAGACAGCCUAGAGAUUCCGCUGGACGUGGAUGAAGGUGGGACGGGGAUCCCAGCGGAUGUGGAUGCGGCAGGAGUCCCGCUGGACGUGGAUGAAGGUGGGACGGGGAUCCCAGCGGAUGUGGAUGCAGCAGGAGUCCCGCUGGACGUGGAUGAAGGUGGGAUGGGGAUCCCAGCGGAUGUGGAAGCGGCAGGAAUCCCGCUGGACGUGGAUGAAGGUGGGAUGGGGAUCCCAGCAGCCAUGGACACAGAAGGGGCAGGGAUCCCAGCCGACGCAGUUGGGGCAGGAAUCCCACUGGACAUGGACACAGAGGGAGCAGGCAGCCCUCUGGACGCUGAUGCCACAGAGCACCAGUGCCUGACCCUGGAAGAGCUGGGCAAUUACUUCCAGGAGUGCAUCGAGAUCGUGGAGCAGCUGGAGAGGGAGAGGGACAGCCUGAUCGCCGAGCUGGCCCAGCUGCGCGAGCCGGCGCUGCGGGAGAUCCGCCACGCGCACGAGGAGAUUCAGGCGGCCUGCAGGCUGCUGGCCAAGGUGGAGCUGGAGAGGGACAACCUGCGCGACGAGAUCCGGCAGAUCAAGCAGAAGCUCUUCAAGGUGACCAAGGAGUGCGUGGCCUGCCAGUACCAGCUGGAGAGCCGGCGGCACGACCUCUCGCAGCACGCCGCCUACCAGGGCGAGCUGGAGAGCCAGGCCGGGCAGCUCUCGGGAGAACUGUCCCAGCUGAAGGAGACCUGCGAGAAGGAGAAGGAAGUCCUGAGGCAGCGCCUGGAGGCUCCUCCGUGCCGCCAGGACAACCUGUACCUCCAGGAGAGCCGCCGGCUUUCCGCGGAGUUCGAGAGCUUCGUGGCCGAGAGCCGGCGGGGGCUGGAGGAGCACUACGAGCCGCAGCUGCUGCGGCUGCUGGAGCGGCGCGAGGCCGGGGCCAAGGCGCUGCAGGAGAUGCAGGGAGAGAUCCAGGGCAUGAAGGAAGCGCUGAGGCCCUUGCAGGGCGAGGUCAGCCGGCUGAGGCUGCAGAACCGCAGCCUGGAGGAGCAGAUUGUGCUGGUCAAGCAGAAAAGGGAUGAGGAGGUCGGGCAGUACCGGGAGCAGGUGGAGGAGCUGGAGGACAGGCUGAAGGAGCUCAAGAACGGGGUCCAGCUCCAGCAGCGCAAGAACCAGGAGCUGGAGGAGCUCAGGACCAGCCUCCACCGGGAGCUCUCCAUCUACAAGAGCUGCUUAGAAAUCUACGGCCACCUCUGCAAAUCGGAAGAAAAAGCAGAGCAGGACUGUUAAAACCGCGGAAUUUUCCUCAUUGUAGCAAAAACCAGAUACAAGAGAUGUCUCCUCCUGCUGCUUUUACCCUGCCUGAUGUGCAGCAGCUGCCUGGAGCUGGGAAUUCCAGACAAUUCCUUUCCCUGGGGAUUUCCCCAGGUGCUGCUGCUGCUCUUGUAGUAAAACUGCUUUUCCCCAGAGGAGCAUCUUUGUACUGAACAAUGGAUAUGGAUGAAGAAUAACUGAUGUUUUGCUGUGUUUGGGAAAACGUCGUCUUGUUCCAGAUUUGUUUAAGCCUGCACUGAAAGUUCUGGAAGCUGUUGGUAGAGGGGGCUUGACUUUUUAAAGUUUACAUGCAAGAGAAGCUUUCUCCUUUGAAGAGGAUUUUCUUUUGUAUUUCAAGAGUUUCUGCUGUACUGGGACAUGCUCCACAGAAACGAGGUGGUGGGGAAGAGGUUUCCACUUUAAAUCGAGUCUCACACUGAAAAUAAAAGUCAGAGUUUAAGGA